CUCUCCGUCCUCCUUCUCCGUCCUCCGACCUACCUACACACACGCCCGCAGCGCGUGUCUUGGCGAGAUGGCUCGGCACAUAUCGGUGACGAUUGCAAGGGAGAUGGAGGAGCAGCUGACCGCUGUGGAAAACCAUCUCCGAAACAACGUGCAUGUGCACAACUUGGUGGUGAUCCACACCAGCGACAACUCGUUGUUCCGCUUCCAGGCAACGAACCGGCGCGCCCGCGAAUGCAUUGAGGCCUUACAGCGGCUCGGCGUUGGCCACGCCUUUGGCUCCAUGGAGAUUAUGGACGUCAAGUCUGUGAUUCCCCGCAUCUCCAAUCACCCGACCAUGGUGCGCGGGCAGAAGAAGCAGCGCGAGUACAACCCCACCAACUCCCUCACCCUCGAGGAAAUCUACGAAACGGUCGAAAAGGGCUACCACUUGACGUUUGAGUACUUGGGCAUGUGCUCUGCGGCCUCGAUUGUGUGUGCGGUGGGCCUCGUCACAAAUAGCGACCCGUCUGUCGUUGCCAGCAUGCUUCUCUCCCCUCUCAUGGGCCCAAUUCUGGGGAUCACGCUUGGCACGGCGUGCAUGGACUGGGGCGUGACGCUCAAAGCGCUGCGGAAUGAACUGAUUGGCGUACUGCUCACGCUUGCAUUUGGCAUCAUUACUGGGUUCAUCGUCAGCUUCUAUGGCGAGGAGGAGUGGGAGACGGACCAGAUGCAAUCGCGCGGCACGGUUGGCGGCCUGGCCCCCGGCGUUCUGAUUGCGCUACCGUGCGGCGUUGCGCUUGCCAUCUCCGUCACCUCUGCAGACAGCACCAUUCUGGUCGGUGUCGCUAUUGCCGCUGCCCUCCUCCCGCCCAUUGUCAACGCGGGCCUUGAGUUUGCCUUUGGGCUCGUCAAGGAGCUGCCCCUCACGCCAGAGCAGGAGCCCAGGCACCUCAAGCAUGCCGCCAACAGCUUCCUGCUGUUUCUGCUCAACUGGAUUGCCAUCUACUUUGGCUGUCUCCUCGUCUUUGCGGUCAAGCGCGUGCAGCCCCGCAUCUACCACGCUAAACCGCGCGCGGAGACGAUCCGGGCGCUGGCUGAUGCGCCCCUGCCACCACCAUCAUCAUCACUGGCCACCAACACCGCUGACGGCGACACCCGCGCUGCUGCUGUUGCUGGUGGUGGUGCUGCGACGGUCACGCUCCUGUACUCCGACGACGACGAUGAUGAUGAUGAUGAUGGUGAUGGUGAUGGUGACGGUCACAACGAUGGUGUCAACGAUGGUGUCAACGGGCAUUCCACUGCACACGGCGGUGCCAUACGCCAACACCGCCACCGUGGUGAUGGCCGCACGAGGGGGUCGGCGCUGCGCGUGACGACUGUGACGACAGAGCACACGCCGCUGCUGCGGGACGCAGACACCAGCAGGGACGUCGUCUUGUGACACGCAACACCAUUCAUCGUGUCGAAUGCGAUUUCAUCAGCAACCGAGAGGGAGGGGGGAUUUUGCUUGCUUGGGUUGUUCGUAUUGUUUGGAUUGUGCCCUGGCUGUGUUCGCGUGGUCCAUGGGUGUUUUGCUUCGUGUUACGCUCGCUCUUCUUGCUGCCAGAUUGGUGACUAGGUUCGUUUUCGUGUGACUACAACACAACUGCAG